AUGCAUCAGUCAGGUCGGCCCAUUCGCAUUGCAGGCGCAUCGGGCUCUGCCUCAGAUCGUCGCCAUGCCAUUGCCGAAUUUGCACGACGAUAUCCAACAGAUCCUGUAGAUGUGAUCUCUGCUGAUUUCAUGAGCGAAUUCAACAUGGCCACUGCCGCUGGACGGCGGGUGGACGGUCAAACUAGUGCUACAUCUGCCAGGAUCGCCCCAGCGUACGAAGUCUCCUUCUUGCAGGCAUUGGAGCCUGCAUUGGACAAUUUGGCAAAGUAUGGCAUCAAAUUGGUUGUAAAUGCGGGCGUCGCAGACACCAAAGGCCUUCAUAACGUUGUGUUGAAGAUGGUGGAGGCAAGAAGAUUGGAUUUGAAGAUUGCUUUGAUUUGUGGUGAUGAGGUCUUGCCAGCAGUGCGAAACUCAUUAGUACAGGGAAAGUCCGACUUUCGUAAUGUCCACACAGGAGAACGACUCAUCGACUGGCCAUUUGAGCCGAUUUACGCACAAUGCUAUUUGGGUGGACUGGGAAUUGCGGCAGCCCUAGCUGAAGGUGCAGACAUUGUGCUUUGCGGUCGAGUUUCUGAUGCAUCCCCUGUCAUUGGUGCUGCUUAUUGGUACCAUGGCUGGCAACGCCAUGAGUUCGAUAGAUUGGCGAACGCGUUCGUUGCCGGGCAUCUGAUUGAAUGCAGCAACUAUGUCUGUGGAGGAAACUUUACAGGAUUCAAAGAGUUGGAGCACAGCAAUGCUAGCUGGACCGACAUCGGAUAUCCAAUUGCUGAGAUCUCUGCAGAGGGCGAUGUUGUCAUCACCAAGCAGGCCCAUGCAACCGGAGGUGCAGUGACAAUUGAAACCUGCACUUCGCAGCUCCUAUACGAGAUCCAAGGCCCAUGGUAUUUCAACUCCGAUGUGACCGCCAUAUUGGAUGGAGUCUUUUUCGAGCAGCGAGGUGUCAAUCGAGUUGCCGUCCACGGAGUUCAGUCGGGCCCUCCACCUCCAACGACGAAGGUGGGCAUUACCGCCCGCGGCGGCUACCAGGCUGAGGCAUGGUGGUUCUUGACGGGGUUGGACGUCGAGGCAAAAGCACGCAUGCUUGAGGCCCAGAUUCGCCAUCUGUUGGCCCCGAGCAUGAAGAGGCUCACCUCUCUGCAAUUUCAUCUGAUGGGCUCCCCUUUGCCUGAUGCAGCAGACCAGAACCGGGCCACGGUUCCCCUUCGCAUCGUGGCACAAGCCAGAGAGGCUGAAGAUCUUGCACCUACGAGAUUCCUCAAGCCUGUCACUGACAACAUCAUGCAAGGAUAUCCGGGAGCCACUUUCCACCUGGAUUUACGCCAAGGAUACCCUCGUCCAAUCUUUGAAUACUAUGUGACCUUGUUGCCUCAGACCGUCGUUCAGCAUCGCGUGCAUCUUCCGUGGAAGCCCACAGUUCAGAGACAAGUACUCGAUAUUCCACCACCGCCAAUCACUGAGGCAUAUCCGGUUCAACAGCCCACGCAGGAAACUACGGACCUCGACGAGCCGAUUGAUCUGGCGACCGGAUUUGGGCCAACCGUGCACGGUCCUUUGGGAUGGAUCGUCCAUGCUCGCUCUGGCGACAAAGGCUCCGAUGCAAAUUGUGGGUUCUGGGUUCGACAUAAAGACGAGUAUCUCUGGCUGCGGUCAUUGCUUUCCGUCGAUACGAUGCGCGAGCUCUUAGGGUCGCCCGACGGUCAGCCGGCUAGCAUCAAGAUUGAUCGGUUCGAGUUGCCGGGUCUUCGUGCUGUGCACUUCCUAUUCAAAGACUUCCUUGACCGUGGGGUCGGUGCUACCACGACGGUAGACUUCCUUGGAAAGAAUGUCGCAGAGUAUUUACGCAGUCGGCACGUGGAUCUUCCCUCACGAUUCUUGAACCGGGGCAAGUUGUAA